AUCGAACUUGUGUCGCUCGCUGGGGUGGGCUCGUUCGUCUGUCGUUUCUCGUCCGUCUUUCCCUGCCCCCUUCUUCCCUCUUUCUCUCUCUCUUCCCUUCUCGCGCCUCGCGUGUCUGUGCAUGCCAUCAUCGCCAGCAGUCUUCGACUGCUUCAAUUCGCGCGUCGCCGUCGCUCGCCAUGCCCUCUGUCCUCUCGUCGGCCGUCCGGCGUCACUGAGGAAUCAGAACCCACUGGGCUGUCAAUAUCCCCACGAGCCCGUGCUGGCCCCAACGCCGAACAACAAAGUCGCCGCCGCAGGCCCGCUCACCGCACGCAGUCUUUUUUUUCUCGCCCGCCAGCCCGCCCGCUCUUUUAGCAACCCUGCCUGCAUUUCGUGGCUCGCCUUGACUUUCCCUGUGCAGACAAACUUUGCUUUGUCUUCGCCGUAUCCUGUCAAUCACUUGCUCCAAUCGACAGCGACGAGUGGCCGUGAUGAUGAUGAUGACGACAACGCGCUCGAGCUUCGAAAAAUAGUUUCUCAUAUUCGAUCGUCGGCCCUCGUUCCUUAGCCAAGACAAGGCCCCGCCCCCCCCCGACCUCUCACCACCACUGGGCCUCGUCUUUGCGGAUACGAUCGUCGCCUGGCCGCGAGGCACACGGUCUGCACUGCCCACCGCCGCGUUGUCACUACCGUCACCAUGACUAAACCCUCUCGCGGGCCUUCACUCCUUCAGGCCCGUGAGGACGCUCGCUCUCAUCCGCAUCCGCACUCUUUAUUUCAUCGUCAUCGCCAGCCAGGCGACCCACGCGCCACGCCGCAAACACACCACGAACACCAUCGUUACCCACACCAAGCAGCCGCCGACGACGGGCCUUGUGCCGAGCACGAGGCCGACGACACGGCCCAAGCUUCUUCGACGGCGUUUGCACACGACAUCGGCGGCGACGUGAUCCAACGUGACGGAGCGUCCCACGCCCCCGGCGUUGACACCGUUGUCAAUGUCAUAAAGGACCCAGGUAGUCCAUUUGUUACUCGCGUCGUUCAGACCGUCUCACUCGUUCACGUCGUCGACCCCUGGGGCUCAGCCUGGGAGACUCAAACUGUCCUCGGGCCGCCCAGCACCAUCGUCGUCGAUACUUCAGGCAAUACCGUCGCCGUGUCUGCUGCCGGUGUUCAGGCCACCAUCGCCGCCUUCGGCGUAACGCCGAGCACUGCAGCGACCACGGCCCCGCGUUCUUCGGACACCGGCACAACGGCGCCGUCUACCACGAUAUCAUCUCAGGCGUCCAGCCUGACGUCCGCUCCUUCGCACAGCGCAUCUAUAUAUCCCACCAUCAGUGGGCUUCGCAACGGAACAAACACCGUCGUUCACGGGAACUCUUCAUUCGUUCAUUCAAAUGCUUCAGCCCAUCGAGUUUCAGCGCUCUCCGCUGCCGCAUCGCUCUCCUUCACCUCCACGAGCUCUGACUCGUCCACCUCGGAGUCAUUGACGGCGACGACGACCGGCUUUAAGCGUUCGACGACAUCGAUCAGCGCUCACUCAUCCACCACUACUACCUCAUCAUCCUUUUCCCUCCAAGGCGGAGGUUUCGUAGCAACUACGCUCGCGGAUGGAACUCAACCAUCUCCCACAUCUGACCCGGGCACCCCUGCUCCCAAUAACCUGACUCCGCAGCAAAAGCAGGUCAUUGGCGGCGUGGUCGGGAGCAUCGCGGGUGUCGCAUUUUUCGCCCUCCUCAUCUUACUCGCCAUCAAGUACAAGCGGCGGAGAGAUGGACGACAAUUGAUAGGAGAAGGCCAUCCGGGUCAAACUGCGUCACGGAGUAUCUCCGGCGGGGAUGGUGGUCCCGGCACCUCAAGGACCAUGGCCGAGAGGUCGGGUCCCUCCGCGGCGGUCACGGCUGCACUGGCCACAUUAACGGGGAAACGAAAUGCAAACAAAGCAGCUUCACCCCCCGAAGGGACGGAGCGAGGUUUCUACCGAGUGUCGGGCAGGAAACUAACUUCGGUCCUGCACACGGGCGGCGAUGGAUACUCGGAUCCCAGAGAGAGCACCAUCAGUGGCAGCUCAGAUUACUAUCGGGGCUCACAAUCAUUCGAUCCCGCAACUGUCCAAGCCGGACAUUUGGCGCUCGGCGUACCGAUGCGUCCUGUCAGCGGUGUGCCGGUCAUGCGUUCUGGGCCUGCCCGCGUCCCCGUCACGGAAAACCCUUUCGACGACCCGACCACUCCUACGUCACCAAUCGACAUGUCGGCUGGGAACGUGGCCUCUCGCGAGAGCCCACGGGCGCAGGGGUCGAGAUUUCAAGAGGGAAUUUGACGACGAUUUUGAUGUACAUUUCUUCACCGCAUCUCGCGCAAGCCGCCUGUGCCUUAUUCAUGGCCCCUUUGGGGCUGUUGCCCUAUGACGAGCCAUCUCCGCGACAUCACUGGGCGUUUCGACGGCGUGUUUAUUGCUAGCUGAAGCGGGUACAAUCAGUUGAAUACAAUGAAC